AUGGCUUAUGUACGCUCACCAAAGAGUAGUAGGAAGGUGAAAGAGCAUGUGAAAGAAGUUUUGGGCAGGACCAUGGAUGAGUUUCUUGAGAACGAGAACUAUAAGUCUUUAACAACUAUUAUUUUUCUUUCCAUUUUAGAGUACGUCAAAGCCUACAAUGAAGCCGCUCCAAAGUCCAAGAAGGUAGAAAAAGAGUCUCGCAGAGAGGUGAAAGAGUACGUUAAACCCCACAAGGGAGCCACUCCAGGGACAAAGAUGAUGGUAGAAGAGUGGCGGAAGGGGCGAGAAGAGGAGAGGAAGAGGAGAGAAGAGGAGAGGAAGAGGCAAGACGAGAACAGCUUCAAUUCAUGAUGAAUUGAUGAAGUUUGUUUAGCCAAAAAUUGUGGCUAUUGGUGAACGAUUUGAUUUUGAUAAACUAUGUAACAUCUAUAAGGGCAUUAAUUUAUGCAGUGUACCACAACAUAGCAUUGUAGAUAGCAUUGUGGCUUUGCUGUCAUCAUUAUAUAUAUUCAAUAUGUGGUGGACAAACACAGCAAAGCCAUAUAGUCUUUCCUAAAGCAAGCCCUAAUGGGUAUUGGCCAAGACCAUACUUUGCUAAAUGUCAGCACCUUCUUUAAUGGCACCUUCUUUAAUGAAAUUUCAGAAUUGUAAUCAUUGGUAGAAUUUUAUUCGUGAUUUAUGUCUGUAUGAAGAAAUGUACUGUUAAUGUUGGAUAUUCUUAUUACUGUGGUUUAUAGCCCUUUCACAGCAGUUUUUUGCACAUGCAUUUUUUUUAGUUUGCCAAAAAAGUUCACAAUUGGAGUGCAAAAAUUUUACAUCGUCGAUAAACCAUUUUUCCUAUAUGUAUAACUAUGAAUCACCAUUUAAGGGAUUUUUAUGUUAUUGCUUUUGCUGCUAAGUGUUGUAUAAUGGAUGUGAAUCAAAUAGAUAAUUGGAACCAUCUCAUAGAAUAAAUGGAACUUGAUUUUAGCCCAAACAAAACUGUUGUAGAGCUAAAGUUAGGAGUCAUUCAGA